AUGUCUUCAAUUGGGCCCCAACUACCGCCACAUCUGUCCAAACGGAAGCGCACACCAGAAAGAGACGCUUCACCUCCAAGCAAGCAUCGUCGAAGCGAGUCGCCAGCAAAGAAUAAGGACGAGAUCGACCUCGACGAUUCAGACGACGACUACGGCCCCAGCGCGCCUGCACCCCAGAAGGCCUCCAUCGGCCCCUCACUACCACCGUCCAACAAAGAUGAGAUAGACCUCGACUCGGGUUCCGAUUCAGAUACCGGACCAGCACCGCCAAAACGAACAGUCGGUCCUGCGCCGCCGCCCGCUGAUCUCUCAACGCGCCCUGAUACUGGCCCCGACUCAGAUUCAGAUUCAGAAGAUGACUACGGCCCUGCUCUCCCCGGUGCCUCCAACGCCAACAAACCCACGAUAGGGCCACAACUCCCUGCAGCUGAGCCAGCUCCCCAGCGGGAUUCCUGGAUGCUCGCGCCACCGUCUGCCUCUGGAUACUCCGAGCGCGACCCAACAAAGAUGCGCAAUCGCAAGUUCGCCUCCAAGCCAGCCUCUUCGUCCGGUCCCUCGACCGUGUCUUCCAUCUGGACAGAGACCCCUGAAGAAAAACUCAAGCGCUUGCAGGACUCGGUACUCGGGCGCGGCGACAAGACGGUGGAAACGGAUCCAAAGGCGGCCUUGGCCAAGGAUGAAGAGGAGCGGAAUCGCAAGAUAUCUGCCAACAUUGAGGCUCAAAGAGGCAAGAGCCUGUACGCUGAGCAUCAAGCUCGAAGAGAAAAGGAUGGAGAGAAGGCCGAGGAGGAGGAUGACCCGAGUAAACGAGGCUUCGACAGAGAAAAGGACAUGGCAAUAGGCGGGAAAAUCGGGACGGCUCAGAGGAGGGAGCUGAUGAACAAGGCUGCCAAUUUUGGAGGCAGAUUUCAGAAAGGAUCCUACUUGUAG